AUGAGAUUGAAAGCUCAACUUCAGGUAAAGAUGCACAUAGAAGGCCAGACUACAAAGAGAUAUGGCCUGCCUCUGUCACAUCUAGAGUACAGCUUCAGGGAGACAUGCACCAGUGUAAAGGAGCUAGAGAAAACUGUGGCAACUUGGAGGUGUUUGCAAGGGAAGUUCCCAGACUUGAAGGUGUUUGCAGAGAAAAGACUGGAAGCACUGAGCCCAGAAAGCUGUGUCCUGAAUAAAGAACGUCCAAUAUUGCGCCCAGAUGAUCCUGAAAAAAGAUGCAAACAUACCAACAUGCAGGGGAAAGAUGCAAACAUACCAGCAAAAGCUACUGCACCUAAAGAUCAGGAUGAUGAUGUUGAA